CCUCCAAAACCCCACUUAUCCAAAACCACACAUUGCGAACCAGUUGAAGGGAAGGUGAGGCAUCUCAAUCGGUAUUCAUGGGUAUGAAUAUGACGGCGAACUUCAUGAUCUCCGGCCUACAAUACUGGCUAGUUAACCACCCAACCAUCCUCAACUUCCAAUGGGACCCACCUCAAACCCCGUUCUCCUCCACCAUGUUCCUGUCGGCGGCAGUUCUAUCCUACCUAUCCCUGAUCCUCAUCCUCUCCGUCCUCCCUCUUCCGCCACUCUCCCCGAAUCUCUUAAAGCCACUCACGGCACUCCACAAUCUCAGCCUCCUCAUCCUCUCCCUCGCCAUGUCCCUUGGCUGCGCCCUCACCACACUCUCCCACACCCCUCACCUCAACUGGGCCAUCUGCUUCCCUCCAAACACCAGGCCCAAUGGGCCUCUCUUCUUUUGGGCCUACGUCUUCUACCUCUCCAAGAUCCUCGAGUUCCUCGACACGCUCUUCAUCGUUCUCUCCCGCUCCUUCGCGCGCCUCACGUUCCUCCACGUGUACCACCACGCCACCGUGCUCGUCAUGUGCUACCUCUGGCUCCAAACUUCGCAGUCUCUGUUCCCGGUGGCGCUCGUGACCAACGCCUCCGUGCACGUGCUCAUGUACGGCUACUACUUCCUCAGCGGGCUAGGGAUCCGACCGCGGUGGAAGCGCGCCGUGACGGAUUGCCAGAUCGUGCAGUUCGUGUUCAGCUUCGCCGUCUCAGGUUUGAUGCUGUACCAGCACUUCUACGGGUCCGGUUGCUCCGGGAUCUGGGGUUGGUGCUUCAAUGCGGUUUUCAAUGCUUCUCUUUUAGCCCUGUUCGUUGACUUUCAUCUCAAGAGUUAUGCUAAGAACAAGAACAAGAAGAUUAAACACUCAUAAUCACUUACCAAUUUGAGUUGAUUUAGUGAUUCGCUAAUUAGUUCGAUUAAACCGUAUCAGAAAUUCGAAUCGUACUUUAUGUAUGCAUCAAAUUCUUGAAGUUUUGAUGCGCGAGGCAUUAGCCAUUCACCAGUUGAGUUGAGGGGAGCACAAAAAAGAACACUCAUAAUAACUAUUUUUUCAUUUCCAUUUUCAUUCUUGAAACAACUUUGUUUAUUUUUUGUGGUAAUUGUUGAUCACAAAUUAAUCCUAUCAAUAAGACUAGUCAUUAAUUAAUACAUAUUUCUAAUGCUCAAAUUUUGAAUUGUUGUACAUCCCUUUCAUAUACAGAAUGAAAGCCGCACCUAACUUCUGCAUGGCAAGCAAAUAAGCAUGAAACUAACUUAAAUGUAACGUGUGGUUGGCUUAUGGGUAAAUAACA